GAGCCUUUAUUCAACUGCAUGAACGUCCGAAAUGUUGGGGUGCUAGUGGAAUCACGAAGUGGAUGACCCCCCCACCCCCCGUAAUCAGCCUGCGGAGCUGGAAAAGAGAUAGCUGCCUUAAGCCCUAGUCUCAGAAAUGACAUCUCCUCUGUACAGUGGUUCUAAUCUGAACUCAGGGCUACCACAUCGUCUGCAGGCUUCAGUCACUUGUGUGGACAAGAAGAUCUUACAGAAGAAAUGGUAAUUCUCCACUCGUUUCCUGAGGUGUCCGGUUGUGCCUAUGGAGAUCCAGUUCAGCUGUGACUCUCAAGAGCGUCACCCUCUGUGAGAUGGUGAGACCAAGAUCAAGAUUGGAGAGCCAGCUUCAGAGGAGGAAAAUGACAGGAAACACUGAAGAACCUGGCAGCCUCAAGGAGGAUGUUCUCCCGAAUUCCAGAGGCAAAGAAUUCCGUGAAUUGGGGGACGAAUUGAAUGAAAAGCCCCGCUUAAGAAGAAGACAGUAUACCUGUGAUGAAUGUGGCCAGCACUUUGCUUGGAAAACGGGUCUCGUUAGACACCAAAAAACUCACUGGGACAGACCACACGAAUGCGAUGAAUGUGGAAAGGGCUUUCGUUCGCGCUCAGCCCUGGCUCUACAUCAGAGAAUUCAUACUGGAGAGAAACCCUAUCCAUGCAAUUGGUGUAUUAAAAGCUUUAGUCGGAGUUCAGACCUUGUCAAACAUCAAAGAGUCCACACUGGGGAAAAGCCUUACAAAUGUAAGGAGUGUGGGAAGGCCUUCAGCCAGAGCUCGGAUCUCAUCAUACACCAGAGAAUCCACACAGGAGAAAAACCCUACCCGUGCGGUCAUUGUAGCAAAAGCUUUAGCCAGCACUCAGACAUGGUCAAACAUCAGAGGAUCCACACUGGAGAGAAGCCUUAUAUGUGUAGCCAGUGUUAUAAACAUUUCAGCCAGAGCUCUGAUCUUAUAAAACAUCAGCGAACCCACACUGGGGAGAAACCAUAUAAGUGUAAAGCUUGUAAGAAGGCCUUUAGUCAGAGCUCCGAUCUUAUUCUCCAUCAGCGAAUCCACUCUGGGGAGAAACCAUAUUCAUGUAAUCAGUGUAGCAAAAGUUUCAGCCAGAACUCAGACCUUAUUAAACACAGAAGGAUUCACACUGGAGAGAAGCCAUAUAAAUGUAACGAAUGUGGAAAGGCUUUUAAUCAGAGCUCGGUCCUUAUUCUGCAUCAGAGAAUUCAUACCGGAGAGAAACCCUACCUAUGUAACCAGUGUACCAAAACCUUCAGUAGGUUUUCAGAUCUCCUUAACCAUCAGCGAAUUCACACUGGAGAGAAGCCGUACCCGUGUGGUCAGUGCAGUAAAACGUUCAGUAGGAGGUCGGAUCUUAUUAAACAUCAUAGAGUCCACACUGGGGAGAAGCCCUAUGAAUGUAAGUGUGGGAAGGCCUUCAGUCAGAGCUCCAACCUUGUUCUCCACCAGAGAAUCCACACCGGGGAAAAACCCUAUCCCUGCAGUGACUGUGCCAAGAGUUUCAGUCGCCGUUCAGACCUCGUAAAGCAUCAAAGAACACAUACUGGCGAGAAACCGUAUACAUGCGAUCUGUGCGAUAAAAGCUUCAGUCAAAGCACAGACCUCACGAAACAUCGGAGAAUGCAUUCGGGUGAAAAGUCCUACCACUGUGAUAGUUGCGGCAAAGCCUUUAGUCAGAGUUCUGACCUCAUCCUUCACCGUAGAAUAUACACAAGAAAAAAACCCUCUGAGUGCUCGCUGUGCACCCGAUGUUUCCGUCAGAAUUCAGGCCGUAUCAAACACCGGAGAAGCCACACUGAAGAGAAACCCUACCCAUGUGCUAAGUGCGGCAGAAGCUUUAGUAGGAGCGUUGAUCUCUUUAACCAUCAGAGAAUACACGUUGGGGAAAAACCGCAAAAAUAAUACUCGUGGGAAAUUGCUGGGAAUGACCCUUCUGUACACUGAGUAUGUGUACUCUCAAGACAGGCCGGUAGCCAGACCGGAAGUUAGGCGGGAAAGCCAACCAGAAUGAUGGGAAGAGCGGGGGUGGAGUCAGGCAGACGUCCUAGCUGCCUAGGAAGUAAGACAUGCUAGAGGACAGGUAAAGCCGUGAGCGAUGUGGCAAUACAUAGAUUAAUAGUAAUGGGUUAAUUUAAGUGUAAGAGCUAGUAGCAAGCCUGAGCUUUCGGCCAAGCAUUUAUAAUUCAUAUUCAGCCUCUGAGUCGGUUAUUUAGGACCCAGGAGUUGGGACAGGAAACAUCUGUUUACAGGAAACCUUUCGGAACUGUGACCAGUCUCACUGAAUAUCAAAGGAUGCACAUAGAAGGGAAACCACCCUCAGUUCGGGUUAGCAGACGUUUUAACAAACCUGAUCAUGGUAACUUUAAGAAAACCCAUUCUAGCCAGGUGGUGAUGGCGCAUGCCUUUAACUUCAGCCUUCAGGAGGCAAAGGCAGGCAGAUCUACAUAGCGAACUUCAGGACAGCAAGGGCUACACAGAGAAACCCUGCCUUGGAUGGAAAAAGAAGAAGUAGGAAGGAAGAAAAAGAAGGGAGGAAGGAAGAAAAAGAUUCUUCCUGAGGAGGAAGAAUUGCAUGAAUGUGACAGCUAUGGGAAAGUCUGGUGCACAGAUUAUGAUCCCACACGUGAAAAAGGUUUUAAUCAAUGUCCAGCCCAUGCUCCAUUUAAAAAAUAGAAAUUCUUACCCUUUAUAUAAUCUAAGAAAAUCUCUUACAAUUCACAGCAAUAUCAUUAUAAAA